GUCCUGCUGUCCAGCAGAAAGAAUCCUGCGGCACGGUGGCGCUCAGAUAACCCAGGACUCUUUCGCUCUUCUCACACCUUUGAAGUGGGGGCCUCUUGAGGCAAAUCAGCAAGAAUGUGGCUGUCACAGCAAAGGGUCCGGGGGCUGCUGGGGCUGCCCACGGUGGGGCUGUGACAGGCUCUGCCGGACUGAUAACUUUAAAAGGACAUCUUCUGCUGGCUCCUCACACUGCUGCUUUAUCAUAAGCUGCAAGUGACACAACGGGGAGGGUUCUAGCCCUGCUGCGCUGGUCGAGAGCUGGGGGCUAUAAAACAGAAGGUGCUGGGCAGCUGGGGGACAGUGACGGGCCGAGGCCGAGAGAGAAGUCGGGGAGGACAGAGAAGAGACAGCCAGCACCAGGACACUCCUUGACCGGCGUCGGCAUGCGCUCCUUCUCCACCUUCGCCGUGAGCCUCCUCCUCCUCUUCCUCGCACCCCAGCUUCCAGGCCAAGCUCGAGCCAACCCCAUGUACAAUGUCGUGUCCAACGCAGACCUGGUGGACUUCAAGAAUCUGCUGGACCACCUGGAGGAGAAGAUGCCCUUAGAGGACGAGGUGGUGUUGCCCCAGGUUGCAAGCGAGCAGAAUGAAGAAGCGGGGGCCGUACUGAGCGCCCUCCCCGAGGUGCCUUCCUGGCCUGGGGAGGCUGGCCCUGCCCAGAGGGAAGGGGGUGCCCUCGGGCGAGGACCCUGGGACUCCUCCGAUCGAUCUGCCCUCCUGAAGAGCAAGCUGAGGGCGCUGCUCGCCGCCCCUCGGAGUCUGCGCAGGUCCAGCUGCUUCGGAGGCAGGAUGGACAGGAUUGGAGCCCAGAGCAGCCUGGGCUGCAACAGCUUCCGGUACCGAAGAUAACAGGCAGGGAGGACGAGGUUGGCCAGCCCUGGGGACAGCCGGCAGAGCCCCUCCUCCCCUGGAGUCUCUCCUGCAGCGAGGCCUCACGUCACGGUCAUGGAGUAGUGACGAGCACUGGAUUGGAGCUGCCGCUUCCCGCCGGCACGUCUCACGUUUGUGCUACAUGUAGACGACAUGGCUGUAUUGUGGUUCUCCCCCCUCGCCCACCCCGUGUGUUACCAGACCCUCACCUGUAACCCACAGCGGCUGGAAAUACGAAUAAACUUCAGCACCACGGACAGAAGCCA